GUCUGCUGAAAUGAAAUAAUGUUUGUGCACUUUAUCGUUCUCCUCGUUCUUUUGUUCGCUUCAUGUCCUGCGGCGGGGAAAACGGUUUCUGGGGUUUUCAGGAGCGACGCGGCGAGAGAAAAUAAUGGGCAGUACAUCACAAGGUUUCUGUAUCACGGUGAGAACGGUCUGGUGGAGUCUCGGGUGGAGAACCUGGAGCUGGCCCUGAAGAAGGAGGCCAGGCUGCUGCUGUUUCAGGGCUCCGAGGGCUUUGACAAUCUGAGCUGUCUGGAGAGACUGGAGUCGGCUCACAUCUCCAUUAAACUGGUGAAGGAGGAGCAGAACCAGACCAUACCGCAUCAGUCCGGUCCUCAGGCCUGGCACGUGAUGUACGUGGACCGCUUCACCUGUCAGGACGGAGACACGGACGCAGCGCUGCAACACCUGAGCUUCCAGAUCACCCUGCUGAACCCCGACGCCGCUGGCAACCCGCUGGACCACUUCAGCGCCGAGGAGGCCGGGCUGCACAGCUUCUACUUCCUGCUGAUCCUGGCGUACUUCGUGGCGUCGUGUAUCUACAUCCAGCCGCUGUGGCAGGCUCUGAGUAAAGGAGGACCCAUGCACACGGUGCUGAAGGUGUUAUCCAGCGCUCUCCUGCUUCAGGGAUCAUCGGUGCUGCUCAACUACAUCCACAUGGCCCGGUACGCUCGAGACGGUGUGGGGACGCCGCUGACGGGGAGCCUCGCUGAACUGUGUGACAUGGUGGCUCAGGUUCAGAUGCUGUACCUGUUGUUGAGUCUGUGUGUGGGCUGGUCUCUGAGUCGCAGCAGAAAGUCUCAGAGUAAACCUCUGCAGUGGGACUCGUCUCCGGCCUCCACCGCCCUCGCUCUGGCCGUCGUCAUCGCUCAGGGAGCGCUGCUGAUCUGGGAACAGCUGGAGGAGUCGGAGCACCACAGUUUUCACGAUCAGCGCAGCGCCGCCGGCUGGAUGCUGAUGGUGCUCCGCGUCACCCUCGCUCUGUUCCUGGCCUCGGUGCUGUACCAGAUCAUCUCCGCCGAGCGGAGCGCGCUCAAACGAGACUUCUACCUGAGCUUCGGCAAGGGCUGUUUUCUGUGGUUCCUGUGUCAUCCGGUGCUGGUUCUGUUCUCUGUGAUUCUCAACGAACACCAGAAAGAAAAGGUGGUGACGAUCGGCGUGAUCCUGUGCCAGUCCAUCUCGGUGGUGGUCCUGUACCGGCUCUUCUUGUCUCGCAGUCUGUACUGGGAGGUGUCCUCGCUGUCGUCGGUCACGCUGCCGCUCACCAUGAGCCGCCGGAGCCGCUACUGAGCGUCAGACGAGAGCGCGGCGCUCCAGGAGCUCACCCGCGUCCGGAUCCUCGAGCAGAACGUCUCCGAGAUCCGAUCCCAUGACGGCGAGCUGCUGAGCAGUACACGCACACGAGGAGGGCAUCAUCAUCAUCAUCUUCAUCAUCAGGGCUCAGUCAUCACAGCUUACAUCAUCUAUGUGUAGAGACACGCCUGCUGUGAGUCAGUCUGUGAUCCUGUGAGAGAAGGACGAGAAGGUUCAGCGCUCGUUCUCUGCUCAAGCAAUAAGACGACGAGAGCAUCUCGGUUGCUUCUUGUCGCGUCUUGAUUUUAUGUAUGUUCGCACAUGAUUUAACUUCUGUUGUUCCCCACAAGUGCCUAAAAUGACAAUCACUGAUGCGGGACUGAAUAUUAAAUCGAUAAUUGCUGAGGAUAUUUAUUGAUCCUUUUACUGGAUCCUGCACACUUCUAUGUCUAAAGGAGAAAGAUCCUGUUAACUAGAGCAUGUGUUGUUAAGUUAAAGACUUGAACUGUAUCAUUGUGGAAAUAAACUUCAUGCACACUG